AUGGCGAACCAAGAGAAUUGCGGGAGGGUCACUCGCCUGGCGGCGAAGAAAAGAGCCGCGCAAGAGGCAGCCGCCGGCGAGCAGAACAAGAAGCAGAGGGUGGUGCUGGGCGACAUUCAGAACAUUCUAUCCUCGCAAAAAGAUGUCCUGAGCGGGAAACAUCAGGAGGGGAAGGGGAAAAGCAAGCCUAGGAAGAGCUUGAAAAGAGGGAAAUUGGGUGCGGAUAAGGGGAAGAAGAGGUUUAAAGAGGGGAAUGAUCCUCAGAUUGAUUUGGACGGGAAAAGGGACGACCCGCAGAUGUGCGGAGCUUAUGUUUCUGAUAUAUAUGAGUAUCUUCGCAAAAUGGAGGAAGAGGCAAAGAGAAGGCCUUUGCUGCAUUUCUUGGAGAUAAUUCAGAAAGACAUAAAUGCAAACAUGAGAGGGGUUUUGGUGGAUUGGUUAGUUGAGGUUGCCGAGGAGUACAAGCUUCUUUCAGACACAUUGUAUUUAACAGUUUCCUACAUUGACCGGUUUCUAUCAACGAAUGUCAUUAACCGGCAAAAACUUCAGCUUCUUGGUGUUUCUUCAAUGCUCAUUGCCUCGAAGUAUGAAGAGAUUACUCCUCCACAUGUGGAAGAUUUUUGCUAUAUAACUGAUAACACCUACACUAAGGCUGAGGUUGUGAAAAUGGAAGCUGAUGUGCUCAAAUCCCUUAAUUUUGAAAUGGGGAAUCCUACUGUGAAGACAUUUCUUAGGUAUAAUGUGACUUGCUUUAGAAAUUCUCUUAAUUUUUUCUUGCAGUUAGAGUUCUUGGGUUACUAUCUAGCAGAGCUAAGUUUGCUGGAUUAUGGAUGUGUGAAAUUCUUGCCAUCAUUGGUGGCUGCAUCGGUCAUAUUCCUUGCAAGAUUUACUCUUCAUCCUAAGCAACAUCCUUGGAGUUUGGCUCUACAGCGCCAGUCAGCGUAUAAAGCUUCAGACCUAAAAGAAUGUGUCCACCUAAUUCAUGACCUGCAAUUGAGUAAAAAAGGUGGUUCUUUGGUUGCCAUCAGAGAGAAAUACAAGCAGCACAGGUUCAAAUGUGUAUCGACACUGUCUUCACCUUCAGAAAUACCAGAGUCGUAUUUUGAUGAUCUGAUAGAUGUCUGA